AUGGAGAAGAUGAAUGCUUUAGAAGGUGGUGUGGUCAUAGAAGGGCAUCCCGUGAGAGAAAGUUUUAGCCACAGAAGGGCAUCCCAAAGCCGACGUACCGACAUACUCCACAAUCUAGCCGAGUUUUGGAAAAAGAAGGGCCAAAUGAUCAGCUUGAGUGCUGAUGACAAGUUUAUUCAAGCUGGCUUGAACAGUUCAAGAACAGUACUUGGUAGAAAUGCAUGUGAGAUCCAAAUGGUACACCAAGAAGAUGCUGGUUUGAAUGUGGAAAUUGCAAAGCUGGCCUUUGCAAAAGGCAUAUGGAGUUAUGUAUGUAAGAUGGAUCAUGCCCUUCGCAAAUACUCUGCUUUCUACCAUCUUCGACCGAUUAUAGCUGUAAAUGCCAUCAGUCUGAUUCAGAAGGUUCCUCCUGAAUUGGAUACCAUAAACAUUUCUAGCGCAGAUCAUCCAGAAACCUCAACAGCAAGUGCUAUUUGUUGCAAGGUUGCUUGUGAACGCAGCAGGAAGAAACUCCUGAGGCCUUCAAAUAAAUUGAUCGCCAAUGGACUGAUUUUUCUAGGGGGUGUGAUCUGCCUUUCUCGUGGUCAGUCUAACUUGGGUGCGAAGGUUGCCAUGGCAUACAUAUUGAGUAAGCUGACCAAGCGUGGAGCUUCAUCAAGUCAAAGCCGGCAAGCUUUGGUGCCAUAG